AUGUCGACCAUCGUGAACGUCUUUGUGGAAUCCCCGGAUACGCGCUCGGAGCGGCGUUUCGAUCUCCACAUCACUGUCGAACAGCUCAAGGCAAAGCUCGAGCUCAUCACGGGCAUCCCAGUGCAGAAUCAGAAGAUCGUGGUCGAAAACAACGAUGGCCAGACGAUCGCGCAGCUUACCGAUGAUUCCAAGCAGCUUGGGUAUUAUAGCCUGUCGAACUUGCAGACCCUCAAGGUUAUAGACACCAACCCUUCGACGUCCUUCACUGGGCAGCUGUCCGAUACCUCUAAUGUUGAAAAGUUUGAACUUAGCGAGGAAGCUUACGCCAAAAGAACAGACACCGUCCUUGCCUACAAGCAACAACACAAGAUGGGUCGCUUUGCCCCGCCGUCCGAAUCAUCUUCACCUGCGCCACAAGUAAACAUCCCAAUCGGUGCGCGAUGCGAAGUCGAGUCUACUGAGGAAGGUUUGCACAAGCGCGGCACGGUGCGUUUUGUCGGACCCACAAAGUUCGCUAAGACCGGUGUCUGGGUCGGUGUGGAGUAUGAUGAGCCGAUCGGUCGCAAUGACGGAUCUGUUCAAGGGGAACGAUAUUUCGCCUGUCGUCCAAAUUAUGGCGUUUUCGUACGCCCAGACAGAGUUAAAAUUGGAGACUUUCCUGCUGAAGAGAUCGACUUUGAUGACGAAGAGAUCUAG